AUGCAGUCGACACCAGAAAUCUCGACAUUUACAGAACAGCUCAGUCUCGAUGCCCAUAAAAUAAGCGGCUGUCUGAUACGAAAUGGAGCAUCAACCACCGCCUUCAUCUCAUUUUAGUUUCUACUCACUCAGUCUACCAAUACUCGAUACUAGAAAUCAGAAUGUGUUACUUCAAGCGAUACCUAUUCUCCUGCUCCCACCACUCCAGCUGGGGAGCCGAGGUUCGAACAUGUCGACUUCAAGAGACCUUCCGUGAAGGUACAAAUGAUGAGGCAUGUACUGCGCAAUGGGCUCAUCCUCGGAUGACCUACAUUCUCCCAGUGCCUUGUCCCGAAUGCGCGGUUGAACGUGCUGCAGAGGAAGAAGAGUGCAAAGCUCGGAUCGAAGAGUGGAGGACGAAAGAUGAGGAGGCGAAGAAACGACGCGAAGAGCUUGAUCGAAAGCGAGAAGCUACUCUCAAGGACUUGCACGAUAAGUUCGAGGAGGCUCGGUCGAAGAUGAAGAAGUGGGAGAAGUUUGAGGAGAGUGGGUUUGAGGAUGAUGAAGAGAGUAUUAAGGAGAAUGAGAGUUGGGAUGUUGAGGUUGAGACUUUGAGUCAAAGUUUUGGCCGCUCACCUACUCGUUCGCCUUGA